UGAUUUGGCUGUCCCUCAUCCAACAGAUGCUUAACGUGCGCGUUCAUGGUGUCUCACCCUGUGCAAUUGUUUAUCAGAAGUAGGAGGCAAGAUGUUCGAGCCCAGCCAGUCUUAGAUUGUCGAACUUGGCGCGCCGCACGUACAUAGUUCAAAGCGGGUGCGACAGAGAUUCUUCCCGUGUGACUUUCGAAGCAGUGUGAUUCAUGCGCAUAGUGGCAGCAAGUUGUCAGGCGUCACCUUCGCAAGUCAAGCCCUAGCCGACGGAGAAUCGGUGCAAGCCGCCUUGUAGCACGCCAGCACUCGAAGGUUUUGCGUGUGCUAUGGGCAGGACAAAAAUGCUCGAUCCUAAGGCUUGCUCCAUCUACCAUGACUGGAAACAGAGCAUGCACCCCGACACAUUGGCCCAAUGCAUAGGUUUUCACAGGCUGCGGCUUCAACCUUGUCCGAUCUGGAUCUGCAAACGCACCUGGCCUGGCAUUGGUUGGAAGGCAGCCCGCAUCCUGAGAAUGACAAAGUUGCGCUCAAAGAGCAGAGCAUUGGGCUUUGUCAUUGCUCUCGUGCUGUGGUAUGGACUUGACUGGAAUUUUAUGGCAAAAUCCGGUGGUAUGAAUGCCUUCGUGCUUCCACCACAGAAAUUAGCUCAGUCAUUACUGUUUCAAGAAGCUGAUGAUGCGGCACCAGCGGCGGCAACGGCGGCAAGCACGGCCAACCUUGCCAAGAACAUUGUGGGAGCUGGCGUGCUCUCACUGCCAGCCGGAGCUGCCAAAGUUGUAGACGCAGCAGAGGGGGAGUUCGGUCAUGAAUCUUGUAUCCUCGCGCUCGUGGUCAUGUACAUAUUCUUCGGUGCCCUCAACGCCUACGGCUUUUACCUCAUUGGUGAAGUUUGUGAGCUAACAGGGGCACGCACGUACCAGGAGGCCUGGACAAAGACACUUGGAAAGCGGCUUGCUUGGCUACCGAGCGCAGCCUCGUUGAUUUGCAGUUUUACUGGCAUGGUUGCUUGCGCCUCCGUUGUCGGUGACACUGCGUUCCAGCUAGCCACCUCCAUGUCAGCAGAUUUCAUUCCUAAGGAGAUGUUGCUGAACGGCAUUGCAACUUGUGUCUUUCUUCCUCUUUGCUUGCUGCCGUCGCUAUCGCCUUUAGCAUUUGCUUCUGUGCUUGGCCUGGUUGGAGUUUGCAUUCUUGCGUUUGUCAUGACCACCCGUUGCUUCGAUGGGUCAUACGCUUUGGGCGGAGCUUUCUACAGCGACGCGAGGGCCGCCGUCAGCGGCCUUUCCCAUGUACAGGCAGCGGUCCAAGACCCAUCAGUCGGCCUGUUUCAGCAGAUCUUCAUUUUUGCCGCGAUGCUGUCAAACGCAUUCUCCGCUCAUUUCAACGCUCCCACCAUUUUUCAGGAGCUCCAACCGCAAGCUGACUCCAGGGGCAGGUCAAGCCGGCUCCCAGAAUUCGCGACAGUCACCGCCGUUGCCUUUGUGCUGUCAGGCAUCGUCUUUGGUGUCAUUACAGUCACUGGCUUGGAAACGUUUGGAAGCUCAGGAAGCCCAUCUAUUCUGUCAAGCUACUCCCCAGCAGAUCCUCUUGUAUGGCUUGCCAGGAUUGGCCUUGGACUUUGCGUGCUUUUCGAGUUUCCACUUUUGGAGCGGUGCUUUCGACAGACUGCAGUGGAGCUUUUCGGACUUCCCAAAUGGCUGGAGACAAACGCACUCACAGUGAUGGCAUCGAUUGCGUCAUCAGUCGCUUUGGCAUGCAUGCCCGGCUUCGGUUUGGACAAGGCAUCCGCCUUUGGUGGCGCACUUGGCGCAUCCCUGCUCAUCUACGUAGCUCCAGCCUUGAUGUCCCUACAACUGCGCCAAGACCGAGAGACGAAACAAACCGUCUCAGAGACCCGUUGGGACAUGGUCCUUCGAGGCGUAGCAGGCCUGGGCUCCGCUCUUGGUGGUCUUGGCGUGGCGGAAUCCAUGCAGGCAUGAUUGCUCGAACUGUUCAAUAUCAUUGAAUGGGCAUGUUGGCAUUGAGGUGAAAGCAUGCGGGACAUGUCCGUCUAGAAUUUGUGCAUGUGAGGGCUUCAUGCAACUUGUGCAGCCCUAUUUUCCGCCUGGAGCCCUGACCGCUAAAUCCAUGCGCACUGCCGGUUGAAGCAGCCAAGAUCUCGGGGAAAUUCUGCUUAUUUUGCCUAGCCGAGUACACAGGCGUGCGAUUCUUUAAAUCAGAAGCGACAUGAUUCAGCAGCAGGGCUUGCGUGACGCGAGGGUGCAUGCAGUGUAUGCUUGCAUAGCUCAGUCUGGCGCAGUUCCUACAGGCCUCCCAACGCCGCAGUGGCCAGAACAAAG